AUGGGUCAGUCAGCGCAAGCAAAUAGCUACGACAGAAAAGGACUAGGGAGGGGAGAAUGUCAAGCCGGAUCUCGCCCGGAGUUGCCCCUCAAAAUCUCUAUGGACGUCCCCUUCUAUCCUCAUGAUUUGGUAGGUUCGCAAGAAACCACCGGGAUCAGAUAUAGGGUAGGUUCGUCGUGGAGGGUACGGCUGGCGACGGGUCUGGAGAAACAAAGGGUUGAGCUUUUGUUGCCCUGGGCUUAUGCGACAUGCGACGAAACACGUGGUGGAUCAACGCGGGUGGACGACAAGGUCGGAUGGCUGUGGAGUAAUUUUUCCCCGCAUCUCGAGGAGAAGUAA